AUUUGACUAUACUGUUCAAAAAAUAAAAUUUAUUAUUAUUUUCAUUUCAUUUAGAGAUUCAUGUUUUUACUUUUUUCUAAUAUUAUCUGCAAUAUUUGUAUUAAUAAUUCUUAAAGAUUGCAAUUAUACUUUUUUUUUACAAUCAAUUAUUGGGAAGAUCAACAUAAUUAUUCGUACUUCUGGUAUGUUGACACUAUAAAUCGUUUUGUAAAUGUGUGUGUUUGUGUGUAUGUGUGUGGAGGGUGUCUUCUAUAAGUCCUGUAUUGCUUGUCCGAUUUAACAUUUGGCUCAAAUUUAUCACAUGAGUUCUUUUAUUUUUGAACCGUAUCAGGAAUUUUACGAUUUUAAUUUUUGUUUCUUUGUACCCAUAUAGGUUCAUAUUCACAAUUAUGGCUGAUAGUGCUAGCGAAAGUGAUUCAUCGUCAAUCGAUGGAGGGCCCAUUAUGAUGCCCCCGUCUCCAAUAACAAGAGAACAAAUGCAAAAACGAAUUGAUUCUUUACAACAACAAAACCGUGUACUUAAAGUAGAGCUGGAAACCUAUAAGUUAAAAAUGAAAGCAAUGGAUGAGGAGUGUAAACGGCUACGAGAAACUUCUGUUUAUAUUGUAAGUAAUAAGUACUUAGUUAUGUAUAAGCAUUUAAUAUUACUUUUUAGGUAUUAGGAUCAGGUGGAUGAAAUUUCCUAUAAUGUAUUAAUCAAUUUUUAAGAAGUUUUAGGUUAUAUUUGUAAUAUUCUAUCAACAAUAGGUACCUUUUUAUUUUUUUUAAAUAGGUAGCCAUGUAAGUAUCUAUUGAGAUUAUAGCCUAUUAUAUUAUUUUUGAAAAAAAUAAAUUCAGUUUGCUUUACACAAAUUAUAUUUGAAGUAAAUAUAUUUAUAUAAUCUCUGUAGUCAUGCCUAGACUUGAAAAAUAAUUUAUUGUUGUAAAGUAUGCAUUAAAACAUUUGUAAAUAUUUAUUUGUUUUUAAAUUAUUAAAAUUUAACUUAAAGGCUAAUUUAUAUUUCAUUUUCAUUUAUUUAGUAGACAGUCUUAUUCAGUUUAUAAUAUUUGUAAUAUAUUUGUUGUUUAAUAAUCAUUUUCAUUAUCACUGAAAAUUAUUAUUUUAUUCAUAUUUGUUUAACUUCUAAUUUGGUCUAGACAUAUUAUGUUGAUAAAUAAUUAAUUUUAAUGAUAAAAAAAUUAUACAAAAGUUCAAAUCUGUCAGUUAAAAAUUAUAUUUUUGUAAUAACAUAGUUAAUAUUAAUAGUUUUAACUUCAAUUAAAUUUUUAUUUUGUAAGUUAAUUAAAAAUGUCUUAUGAUUAUUAAUUUUUUAGCAAGUAAGAGCGGAACAAGAGGAAGAGUUUAUUAGCAAUACGCUUUUAAAAAAAAUUCAAGCUUUAAAAAAAGAAAAGGAGACGCUUGCCCAUCAUUAUGAACAAGAAGAAGAAUGUUUAACAAACGAUCUAUCACGGAAAUUAACUCAGGUUUGUUUGGUCUCAUAAAAGUUACAAUGUUUAUAUCACAUAUAUAGAUAUAUUAUAUAAUUUUGAAAUAUUUAUAUUGAUUAUUAUAGUUACGCCAGGAAAAAUGUAAAUUAGAACAGACUUUAGAACAGGAACAAGAAUGUUUAGUUAAUCGGCUUAUGCGUAAAAUUGAAAAAUUAGAAGCUGAAACUCUGACUAAACAAACAACAUUAGAACAGUUACGCCGUGAAAAAGUUGACUUGGAAAAUACAUUAGAGCAAGAACAAGAAGCUUUAGUAAAUAAACUUUGGAAACGUAUGGAUAAAUUAGAAGCAGAGAAAAGGUAAAUAUCUGAGCUUUAGUUAGGUAUAUACUUAAAAUAUAAAUUUAUCUCUAUAGACAAUUACAAAUCAAACUGGAUCAGCCUGUUUCCGACCCAGUAUUACCUAGGGAUCAAGUAGGGCCCAACAAAGGAGAAACGGCAACAAAUAUUAGUGCUCAUUUACAACAGUUGCGUGGAGAAGUUACCAGAUUGCGUCAUCAACUUGAUGUUUCUAAAAAAGAAAGCAAGUAUAUGUAUUAAUUUAAUCCUCAAGAAAUAUAUAUAUGUGUUUUAAACACAUGUAUAACAAAAUAUAAAAUCAACUGAAAAUAGUUCUGUUUGGUAUUUCAUAAUAUGUUUUAUAUAUUGCUCUCCUUUCUGUUUAUCUGUAAAUUAAUUUUUUUAAAGAACUAGCUAGAAAUAAAGUUUUUUUUUUUUUUUUAUAUAUUUUAUUUAAAGAUAUUAUUUAGUAAAAAUUUUAUAUUUUGUAUACCUAGUAGUUUAAAAAUUUGACAUUUUUUGAAAAGAUACCUAAACAAGAUUCACUCAAUAUCAUUUACAUUUAUAGAACUUUACACUUUGAUGAAAUAAAGAUUAUUUUUUGUUCAUCCAAAAUAGUUCUGCUUAAAAUUUAUGUUCUUAAAUAAAUGAAUAAUACUCUGGUCAUUUAAAAAAUCGAAUACACUUAUGUUAUACUUACAUUUGAAAUUAAUCUUUAUGUACUUCUCUAGAUUCUAAAAAAAUGGAAAAAAUGGCAAAAGAAGAGCGUCAAGUCCGUGAAGACAAUUUGCGAUUACAGAGAAAGUUACAACUUGAAGUGGAAAGACGCACAGCAUUAUGUCGACAUUUAUCAGAAUCUGAAAGCAGUUUGGAAAUGGAAGAAGAACGUCAGUAUAAUGAAAUGGCUUCUAAUAGAUGCCGGACAUCAUCAAGUCCACUUCCAUUUCCUCCUUCUCCUUGCCAAUCUAGGCCUCUCAGUCCUGGAUCUGCUGCGGGAACACCAGGUAAAAAUAUUUUACUAGUAAAAUAAAUGAUGAAUAACAAAUUAUAAUCUUUUUUUGUAUAAAUAUUGUAAUAAGUGAAUGCCUACUGUUUAUGUAAAUGGGUUCUGUAUGUAAAUGUUGUUACUUUUGUAUUGUACGAUAGAUACGACAGAAGCGGGUAGUAUAUCUUCAUCGCCAGAACAGAAAAAAAGGAAGUGCGGUGGUGGAGGUGUAGACGAUAAGUGUUUUGUCCAUCCGUGAGUUGUGUAAGUAGAGGGCAGAUAGCUUUUUGAUUUAAAACAAAACCAAUAGGGCCAGAGGCUGUUUAUAAAAAUGUGAUACAAAUAUUAAUAUAUUACAUACAUUUCAAUAGGCAUUUACUUAAUACUACUACUACUCAAUUAUAAUUAAAUGUAUCAGAGCUAACUUUCCCCGUUUUUAAUUUUAUAUAUGCAUUUCUAAAUCAUAAUUUAAUUUUACAAUAAAUAACAUUUUUCAUUGAUUAAUUAUGUUUUUUUUUUUCAUUUUAGGAGUGUUUCGUGGCGAAAUUGGUGUAUUAGGCUAUGCCAACAUGAAUCGAUGUUAUGUUUGCGGCCAAAAUUUACCAUCAAAUCUCGUCAUAGGAGCACAAACGACACCCUUAUGUCCCACUACUCAAGUGGUAAGUCCAUUCAAAUUAGUUGUUUUUAUUUAUGUUAUUACUAUAAAUAAAAAAAACAUUUAUUUAAUUCUAUAUUCCAUUUAGAUUAAUCAAUCUCGAACCCUGUCUCUGGGUCGUCCAGUAAGUGAACGUUUUAUUAAGCCUAUUGUGCCACUAUCAUCUACUAGUAUAAUUAGUGGUGGAAUACCAACUGGAUCACAGAUUCAAUUGCCCAAUCCACCUCCUCAAUCUAAUUCGCCUGCAACACUGAUGGACUCAGCCAAGUACUAGUUAAUGAUUAUCGUUUAUUUACCCAAACACACAUACAUACCCCUAAGUAUAUAAUACAUACAAUAUUUAUGUACGCGCAUGUGUGAAUAUUAUUGUAUUUCAUUUAUAUUGUUCUAUGAAGAAGUAGUAAAGUUCAAUAUUUGAUCAUUUCUAUUGAAUAAAUAAUCUCAGCUAUAAUUAUAAAUUUUUUUGAAUUUAAGAUUGUAAUUUACAUUUAAUCAGCAUAUGGAAUUAUAUGAAAUAAGAAUAAUUUAAAAAAAAAAAAAAAAAUGUUUUAUUUUGAUUGGUGUAUUUGUCAUAAACAAUUAUAAAUAAAUAAGUUCUCUAAUAUUUCUAUUAAAUCUAAAACUAAUAUUUUAGUAAUAAUAAAGCAACUUAAUCAUAAUAGGGUUCUAGGUGUCUGAUGUGCAUACUAUGCCAUUUUAAUUUAUAUUAAUUAAUUAUUUAUACGUGAUUACCAUAUUUAAUUUAUAUUUAUUUUUUUUUUGGGAAACAAUUUAAAAAAACCUAGAUCAAUGUGAUUAUGCUGCUAACUGUACCUAUGCUAAUAUUUUAUGUAAAGCAAUAUAUAUAUAUUUAUAUUUUUGUUUGCAUUUGUAAAACUAAAUCUUUUUGGUGAAUAAUUAUUAAUGUUUGGUAAAGUAAAUUAUUACUUAUUUUUAUGAAUAUCUGUUAAAUACUCACGUUGUCUGUUAGGGUUAAGAUUAUUCACAUAUGUCCAUUUUCUACCUUAAGUUCAGAUGGGUAAUUACCUUACAUUAUUGUUUCUUACUAAAGUAAUUUUUGAUCAUUUUAUAGUCCCUAUAAAUUAUAAUCCUUUCAAUAUAAAAUAGAUUCUACAAAUAUCUUAAUAGAUAAUAUAAGUGAAAAUAGUGUAAUUUAUUAAUAUGUGAUAUGCCUUUAGAUUCAAGUUUAUAUUGUCUAUAUUUUAUUUUAUUUAUUUAUACAUUUUUUUGUGAUUAUUAACUGCAUUGUAUAUCAGCUAUUUAAAUUAAUAAAUAAUUCUUUUUUACUAUUAGAAUAUUUAAUUCUUGUGAUGUUCAAUAAUUAGUAUUUAUAUUUUCAGCAUUUUAUGUUGAGAUUAAUUAACUUGAUAAAAAAUUUAUUUGCAUUGAAUGCUAAAAUAUUUCCAACUAUUGACCUAAUCAGAUAUAAACAAUUGUUAUUAAUUAAUAAUUAUAAUUAUAUAAAUAGACACAAGUGUAACAAUUCUGUAUUAUUUUAGAUUCAGAGCGUAGUGAGGGAUCUAUUUAUUUUACCAUGACUUAUGUUUUUGUAC